CGAGCCGCUGAUCAGGGAAGAGGCAGAUGAUAUGGCAGCUUUGUGAGCGACCAGGUGGAACUUGCAUUGUUAAGACGGUUAAACGUCGGAAUAUGAAAACAUUUUAACGCGGAAACAGGGACACUGCUCGAAAUGAUUUACUUGAUAGUCAUUUCCGCAUUAUCUGGAGCACUCUUUACAUUGGUAUUACAGUUCUUACUGCUUUACCGGAGAAGCCCCGAGCCUAUAGCCAGGACAGUGCAAUAUGUCAAAGCAGUGCCUGAUCCCGCAUUGAAGGAUUACUUUAAUAACCAACAUGCAGAAUCAGGCCAGCAGCAGCAAGACAACACAUCAUCCGCUGCACCCAAACAGCAAGAGGCCAUCACUCCCAGGCAUCAGGAAGCGGCUGCCACCAGCAGUAGCCCCAAACAACAACCGCCACCGCCUUGUCAAAGUGAGCCCCUCCACACCUCCAAACCGGAGACGUGCAAUUUUCUAAAUGCUAUCUUUUUGUUCCUAUUCAGAGAACUCCGCGACACUCCCGUCGUUAGGCACUGGCUGACCAAAAAGUUCAAGGUGGAGUUCGAGGAGCUAUUACAAACCAAGACAGCUGGUCGGCUGUUGGAGGGACUCAGUCUCAGGGAUAUCUCCCUUGGUAAUUCUUUGCCCGUGUUUAAAACGGCUAAACUUAUGAAGCCAGUGAGUUUAAAUGAAGACGGCAUGCCCGAGGAACUCAAUUUCGAGGUGGACCUUGAAUAUAAUGGCGGGUUCCAUCUAGCAAUUGAUGUAGACCUCGUUUUUGGGAAGUCAGCAUACCUGUUCGUAAAAAUGACGCGUGUGGUUGGAAGACUGAAGCUGCAGUUCACUCGCAUGCCUUUUACGCACUGGUCCUUCGCGUUCCUUGAGGACCCACUGAUAGACUUCGAGGUGAAGUCACAGUUCGAGGGAAGGCCCUUGCCCCAGCUCACCUCAAUCAUUGUCAACCAGCUGAAAAGAAUCAUCAAGAAGAAACACACCUUGCCAAAUUACAAAAUCAGAUACAAACCCUUUUUCCCUUUCCAAGUGCAACCUCCUAUUGGGUCUUCCGCCUGUGACUUGGACCUCUCCGUUCAGGACUCAGGAUUGGUGGAGGGCCGGCUUAGGGUCACCCUUGUUGAAUGUAGCAGGCUUUUUAUCCUUGGCUCGUACGACAGAGAGACCUACGUGCACUGCACCUUUGAGCUGAGCAGCCACGAGUGGAAAGAGAAAACACGCAGCUCCAUCAAAACGACAGAGGUGAUCAAAGGACCCUUUGGCAAUGUGGGUAUGACGUUCAGGCACGUCCCUGCCUGUGAGGGUGACGCAGUCCAUGUCAGCAUCGAGACGGUCACUCCCAACUCUCCUGCUGCCCUGGCAGACCUGCAGAGGGGCGAUCGACUCAUCGCCAUUGGAGGUGUCAAAGUGACAUCCUCUGUCCAAGUGCCCAAACUGCUGAAGCAGGCGGGGGACAGGGUGCUGGUCCUGUACGAGAGGCCUGUGCGUCACCAGAGUCCCACCGUGGGCCUGGGAGCCCUCCAGGAGGGGCUGGGCCAGCUAGAGGAGCCCAGCUUCAUCCCUCCGCCGGGGGGCUAUGAGGAGGACCCGGCCCCCAUCACCACACUCGCUGACAUAGCCGACAGCAAAGACAUGGACUGUGAGUUUGAAGACUUGACUGUGGACCCCAAGCCUAACCCCCUUAGCAGUAGCGCUGAGUCCAAGGAGGAUUUCCUGUCCGUAAACCAAAGUCCCAAAAGGACUGUGACCAAUCUGGCCUCAAAACCCCUCGGCAGCAUAUCGCCCAUCCUCAACCGCAAAAUGAACCUGGCAGGGCUUCAGUCGCCGGCCAGAUCCCCACCCACACCGAAGCCCUCGCCACACAAGAGCAUUGAGCCUGGAGAGGGGCCACAGCGCCCCACCGGCCCCCCUCCACCCCCACCCACUCGCCCGCCGGUGCCUCCUAGACCCCACAUUAAAUUAACGUCCGCCUCUUCUGAAACCCAAAGUCUGCUGGAGGGGAGUGAAGCUACCAACGGGGCUGAGAGAACUCCAGAAAAGACUCAAACACACUCCACUGGAAGCAAUGGUGACAAAGGCAGUGUUUUGACGACUCCUGUGAAACAGCCCGAACCAAAGCCAGCAGUCAAAUCACCCGAACCCUGCGAAGAGCCGCCAGCGCCCCCCUCCACUCCCAGCAAGCAGGACCUGGCCAAAGACAAGGUUUCUGAGAGCUCCAUCAACACCCGAGACAGCAUGGAAGAUCACUCAAUGUGGGAGUCCUCAGAGAUGAUGUUCCGCAACCGGACGGCCCACUGGGGCCAUGCCUCUGUGGUGUUAGAGGUGGAAAGCAACCAUAAGUACCUUAACGUGGCACUGUGGUGCAAAGACCCCUUCAAGCUGGGCAGCCUUCUGUGUCUGGGCCACGUCAGCCUGACACUGGAGCACGUGGCCCUGGAGUGUCUGUCCACGUCCUCAUCUGAGUACCAGAGCACCUUCAGGCUGGAAGCCCCAGAGCCCAGGGCCAGCGUCAGCCGCACCGCCCUGCGCAGCCUCAGCACCCACAAGGGCUUCAACGAGAAGCUGUGCUACGGAGACAUCAUCCUCAACUUCAGCUACCUGGCUGAUGGAGAGUCAGAGACGUGCGGCGGGCUGGCGGAGCGGGAGAAGAAGGCCAGCAUGCCGGACGAGGAGCUGAGGGAGAGGGAGAGGGAGCAGCCUUCCUCUAUUCCCAGUGAUGACCUGGCCUACAGCACCAUGCAGCUGGUGGAGGUGCGCCACAACUUCCAGGACACCCAGUUCCAGAACCCCACCUGGUGCGAGUACUGCAAGAAGAAGGUGUGGACCAAGGCCGCCUCCCAGUGCAUGAUCUGUUCCUACGUCUGCCACAAGAAGUGCCAGGAGAAGUGCCUGGCCGAGCACCCUCUCUGCGUGGCCGCCACAGACCGACGCAGUGCCGACCCGGAGGCGAAGUCCACCAUCAACCGCGCCACCACAGGCCUCAGCCGCCACAUCAUCAACACCGGCUCCCGUCUGCUCAACCUGCGCCAGGUGCCCAAGAGCCGGCUGGCAGAGCAAGCGGCUGACGUUGUGCCUGACGUGGUGCACACCCCCGACAUCUCAGACAACGAGAGCAGCGAUACAGAAACCUAUGCUGGGGCCAGCCCCUCCAAGCAUGCAGCCGGCGUCACCACCAAGCUGGUAAGGAGGGAGGGAGGACUUGAUGACAGUGUAUUCAUCGCGGUGAAGGAGAUCGGCCGGGACCUGUACCGGGGCCUUCCCACCGACGAGCGCUCGCAGAAACUGGAGCUGAUGUUGGACAAGCUGCAGCAGGAGAUCGACCAGGAGCUGGAGCACAACAACGCCCUGAUGCAGGAGGAGAGGGAGACUGGGGACGCCCGGAGGAAGGCUCUGAUCACGGCUGCCCUGGCCAAGUCUGGGGAGAGGCUCCAGGCUCUCACCCUGCUCAUGAUCCACUACCGGGCAGGCAUCGAGGACCUGGAGUCUGUGGAUAGUGCCGGCACCUCCCCCUCGGAGCCACAUGGCCUCCAGGCCAAGGGCGGGGCCUUGGAGGAGGCAAUACUGGGGACAGAGGUUUAUGACAGUGACAUAUGCAGCCCAGUGGAGGCUCAGCUGCUGGAUGACAUCACAGAGGAGCAGAUUUGUGUGGAGGCGCUCCACUAGAGAGGAUGAGGCAUGGGCUUGAGACUUACAACAAAAUCAUUGGAAUCUUUUUCUUUGGGGGUGGUGGGGUUUAGGUUACCAUCUGAAGAUUAUCUGAAGUGGUCUGGUGAGGGUGCAGUUGUUGUUUUGUAAACCAAUCGGUCAUGCGAUUCAUUCUUUUUCUUUUUUUUUUCUAGUUUUCUUAGUCAUACUUUUAAAGGGAAGCUGGAAAGCUAGAUUGUGACCUGCUUCAAUUGGCAUUAAGAACAGUCUCCCAAGUCAAUCUGUAAGUGCUUGGAUUCAAUAAAAGUUGAAAACAUACUGUACAUUAA